UUUAUCUAUGCAUUUGCAUAUAUUGUAGGUUAGUUUUUUAAAAUUCAAAAGAAAAGCACUGGUAGGCACUUGUUAAACAAAAUGAAACUAUUAAGUUUUUGUGUAGUUUUGCAAAUUAUUGCAAUAAAAUGUGACUUGGAAUUAGUGAAAGAUGAAGAAUUGGUUAACCUUAUAAGAAGUGAAAAAUAUGUAGUUGCCCUUUUUACCAAAAAAUAUUGCGAUGAAUGUGAUAAAUAUGAGAACGAAUUAACUGCCUUAAGAGAAGAUUUAGUAGAAACUCUGAACGCUUGGGUAGUUAAACUUGUUGAUAGUCAAAUGACGAGGCUAUACUCAUCAAGCAAGGAACCUGCAUUAAUCUUCUUUAGACACGGUGUUCCAUUACUUUAUGAUGGACCUUUGAAUGAUGAAUAUAUUUUGCACAUCUUUACUAACAAUAAGGAACCAGCAGUUAAGGAACUUACAGAUGAUACAUUUGAGCAUUUAACUCAGGCUGCUACUGGCGCUACUACUGGAGAUUGGUUCGUAAUGUUUUACACCAAUGAUUGUGUAGAGUGCCAGAGGCUUCAAGCGAGCUGGGAAGCAGUAGGGGCUCAUCUUAAAUCGCGUGUAAAUGUAGCUCGGGUAAAUAGGGCUACAACAGGGGCCAAAACAUCACGUAGAUUUAAUGUUUUUGAUGUGCCUUCGUUUGUACUCUUCCGAAGAGGCAAAAUGUAUCAAUAUCACAAUGAAGAUUAUGAUGUUACUUCCUUAGUAUCAUUCGCACAAGACUGGUAUAAGAACGUAAAACCAGAAUCAGUUCCUGUACCAAAGUCACCAUUCGAUGAUUUGGUUGCAAUGAUAGCAGCAUAUUUCAAAGAGAACCCUUGGGUAUGGCAAAUUGGCUUUGCAACCUUUCUCCUCGGCCUUAUAAUGUCUGUUGUUAUUAAAUUUAUUGGAAAAACUACAGAGAAACAAAAGCAACAAAAAAGCAAAAAGGAAAAGAAUAAAUAGCUGUCAUUUGUAUAUAUGUAGUAUAAACAUUUAGAUGUAGUAUCCUGCUGCAAUGUUUAUCUUUUUUAAAGUAAAUAGUUUUGUCCU